UUCAUUUACCAUCAUUAAAAACUAUCCCAUUUUAAAGAUCGAGGGAAAAUAAACUGAAUUAGUCAAAUAUAACCAGGAAGGGUCGAAAGAAUUGAAAGUCCCGUUUAUUAUGGAUACCUCCUGGCCCAAUUCUAAUCCUGGCUGUGAGCCUCCAUGAGGCUCCGGCUCCGUCUGCUUCAGUUGCGUCCGGGCGGCGGAUGGGAGCGCAGACGGCACGGAUGUGGCCUCUCCAUUCACUUUCUCCGUCUCCAGCCCUCUGCGGUAGCUCGCGUUGCCUGACUGCGGUCGAUUUUGGACGCGCGAGCGACGCAAGUCCUUUAAAUUCAUUUCCCCCUUUGUCUGUGCCGUGAUAUUUGUCUUGAGCGAAAACCGGACUGGGAUGUAAACACGCCGGCCUGCGCUCAUGAUCGGGGGCGAGGUGAGACUGAUUCCUCACACUCGGAUUCCCUCCCUUGAUAGCAAGUUGAUUUUGAUCUCCGAGCGGGUGAACGGUCGGCUCCAAAUGGCGUCAGUUUCGAAGGUUUCUAUUUUGGAUUACUUUAAUAUUGUGUUUGAGGGUGAGAAUGGUAAAAUCGAGUCCAACUGUAAGGCUUGUGGCACCAGAAUCCAGGCGAAACGGAGCGUUACGUCAAACUUCGUUACGCAUCUGAAGCGUAAGCACCCAACAAUGUAUGAUGACUUUGUGAAAAGGAAGGAUAUGAAGCGAGAGGGUUAUUCAUCUGGCUCCCUGCACAGUUUCACCACCAAUGGAGGAAACACCCGCUAUACUCUGCCCAUCAGCAAGGGAGCAGGAGGUGGAGGUGGAGCUGGAGGAGGUGUUGGAGGAAUGGGAGGUCUUGAGGGAGCAGCGGGAGGUGUCUCUGGAGGAGGAUUAACCAAAUUUGACAGACAUGACCCCAGACAGGUGAUGAUUUCCGAGGCGAUAGCUAAGAUGAUCGUGCGUGAUCUCCAGCCAGUGUCCAUAGUGGAAAAUCAAGGUUUCCGAGAGCUGCUUCAGCUACUGGAGCCACGUUACUCUCCUGAGCCCCAGCAGUACAUCCAGAGCCAACUUCUUCCAGCCUAUGCCUACCAGGCCCAACUGGCCACCCGUCAGGCCCUGGCAUCGGCCCACUCUCUUAGCCUCAGCCUGGAUCUCUGGAGGGGCUCAUCUGGAGCCACUUCAGGGUACCUUGGUGUCACCUGUCAUUUCCUUGCAUCUGAUUGGCAGAUGCACUCCGCUCUUUUGGCAUGCCUUCCGCUCACUGGUGGCAGCUCAGGGAGUCGCGUGCUUGCUGAUUUUGAUGAAGUUUGUCACUCCCACGGCGUGUCAGGCAGAGCAUUUCGUGUUGUUGCAGAUCCUUGUCCAAGAAUGACAGCGACAUCCGUAAGGUCAUGCUGUCUUCCUGGUUUCCUUGUCCCACCCGGGCAAGAUGGAGAUGACAAAGAAGCAAUGAACAACGGAACUGAGGCAGAGCUGGGCAUCAGGAAUGGUCAUGGCAAUGAUGGAGAGGAAGAAGACUGGGAAAACUCAUGGGAGCAGGGUUUAGGUGUUUCUCGGGUAGACUGUUUCUCUCGCUCUCUGGAGCAGUGUGUCAGAGAUGGACUGCGCUCCUGUCCACAGAUCUCAUCCAUGCUGGCCAAAGCUGCCUGUUUUUACCACUACAUUACCACAGCUGUGCCGCCGGAAAAACUGAGCCAGGUGUUCGAUGGGUUGGUUAUUGGGAGACUGGGAAAUAUCCCUGAUGCUGCAAGAGACUGGGCUGCUCAGCUUAAGGUCCUUCGGCGGCUGCUGGACUCAGUGGAGUUCCUGGAGGAGAUGAGCGGUCCAGGGGAGCUAGCGCUAGGCAGCACAGAGCGAGUCCUGCUGAUGGAAUUCACAGACACUUUGGAGCCCUUCACCGAGGCCUGGGAUAUGGUGUAUGGAGACAGGCAGACAGACAUACCGGCAGACAGACAUGUGUCCAUCAGUCUGGCUCUUCCCUGUGUUCUUGGCAUCCGUAAGCAUCUUUCUGAGACUACAACCCCCCACUGCCCCGGCCUUCUGCUGGGCCUGAGUCAGGCUGUGGAGCGUCUGCUGGUCCCUAUACUGGAGAACCCGCUCUACAUCACCGCAACCACCCUGGACCCCCAAUUCAAGCUCACAUGGAGCAGCAACCCUGAGUGGCACAGACAAGUUGUCAUUGAAGAAUUAUCCAAGCAAUCCACAGCCCCCAGUCCAGUAGAUCUCAACACAGACCUUCAUCCACAGUCCCAGGUCCUUCCUGUCCCAGCACAGUCUCCAAUCUCCGCACUUUCUCGCCCGUGCAAGCUGUUCUCUUUCAUUAAGCAGAGACCCACGACUCAGGCCAAAAGCCUGGAGCAGGAGCUGGCUGUCUACCUGCAUGAGGAACCAACAGAUGAAGAGGCCUUGCAUUACUGGCGCCGUAAGGCAAUAGACUUUCCUUUGCUUGCCCAGGUUGCCAAAAGAGCAUUUACCAUACCUGCUUGUGGCACCACGGUAGAGAGCAUCUUCACCACAGCUGAGCGCCUUCUACUGCCAGAGAGAGGCCGAGUCUUACCAAAGAACCUCGAGACACUCAUCUACCUCAAAGCCAACUACAGAUUAUUAUGGACCUAGUUAAGAAUUCAUCUUUUACUUAAAUAGCAGCUUAAGGCUUUUCAUGUGAAGAUGAAAUGAGAAUGACCUCUUAGAUAAAAAGCUGUGUUGCUCCUGAGAGAAACUGAGAAGGCUUCAUAAUACGCUGCUCAUGCUGCAGCACAUGUAAUGGGAUACUGAAAGAAUUGAGGAUUCCACUCUCAAGAUGGGAGCAGUGGAUUGCCUCCAUACUGACUAUCAUACCACAUAUUGUUGACUGAGGGCUAAAAGCGGAUCGAGACUAAAUUGUUCAGUCUGAUGUUAUUUUGCUCAAUCAGGAUCUCUAGAGAACCAUGAAGCUCCUUCCUUUAUGUUUUCAUGGCUGGAUACAGUUUCUGUCUGCACCAGCAUACACUGGCAAACUAAUCAUGACCAAAUGGCCAAUUAUUUCAUACUGUAGAAUUUGAUUUAUUUUCACUUGUGUACAACAACCCUAAAGGCCGACAUUUUUAAAUAUAUGUAAAAGUUGCAGGAUGGCAUCAACUGCUAAACAAUACAUCUAGCACCAUCCACUUAUUGUUUUCCACUUUGUAUGUUUGACUCACCAGUAGGACACUAAAUAUCAAAAUAAAUGAGUUUCACUUCCUAACAAAAAGGUGUCUUCAGAUGUGAGGGUGCAUGCUUUUGGAGAAAAGCUUAAAUUGGUCACGCACAUCUCGUAUAAAA